GGAACACUUGCACUUAGAAUCCCAGGCUUCCAGGCACACAUGCUCUCAGAAUCCCAGGCUCCCAGGCACAUAGGCUCCCAGGCACACAUGCUCUCAGAAUCCAAGGCUCCCAGGCACACAAGCCCUCAGAAUUUCAGGCUCCCAGGCACACAUGAUCUGAGAAUCCCAGGCUCCCAGGUAAACAUGCUAUCAGAAACCCAUGCUCCCAGAAUCCCAGGCGCCCACGCUCCCACGUUCCCAGGUUCCCAGGCUCCCAGGCACACAGGCUUUUAG